AUGUUCGGCUCGCACAAACCGAAAAUCUAUCGUUCCAGUAGCGGUUGUUGCAUUUGUGGCUCGAAAUCGUCGAGUUCUCGUUUUACUCCGACGGAAAAAUACGAAAAUCUUUUCACCGCUUGCUUCGAGGUCGAGCAAGGUUCCCGAACGGGCCUGAUUUGUAACGCUUGCGUUUUGUUGGUAAAACGUUGGCAAAAACUACCCGAGGAAAACAAGCGAUCGUGGAGCCAUGUAAGUGUAUUGUUUGCUGUAAAACGAGAUGUUUCUUUGGUGUAAUUUAUAUGUUUUAACCGUUUCAAGGUUGUGGACGGCAAAUCUAAAACUCGAAGAGGAUCGAGGCGAUCAACUUCGACGGACGAGAGGACCCCCAAAGCAAACGUCGACGAAACAUCGUCCCAAAAAGCUGUAACAUCGAAUGACAACGGCCAAAAAAGCAAAG